ACGCUUAACCGACUGAGCCACCCAGGCGCCCCUGCAUUAUUAUUAUUAUUAUUAUUAUUAUUAUUAUUAUUAUUAUUUUAACCUAAACUCAAAAUAACUCCGUAAGAGAUGCUUUUCUUUUCCCCACUUUAUAGACAAGGAAACUGAGUCACAGAGGUUAAAUAAGUGUCACAAGGUCCUACUGGUAGGCAGUGGUAGAGCCAGGAUUCAAAUUCAAUUCUGACUUGAAAGCCCGACUCCUAACCACUGCAUGGUAGUUGAUGGUGGAGACCAUCUCAGAUCCUCCGGCCUUCUUAUUACACCAAGGAGGAGACUGAAGGGGAGAGAAGCUUCUUGGUAGUUAAUGAGGCAGCCAAGUGUGCAGAGACAACACCUCAGUUUAGACCCGGGCUCUGCUUUCUGCAGGUAGAUUGGAUAAGCCACUUUAGCUUCUCUGAGCCCCCAUUUACUCAUCUGUAAAAUGGGGGUGGUGACACCUCCUCCAUUGAAUUGCCAUCAGCCCGAAGAAAGGAUAUGGUUGAGAUCCGCAGCCCACCGUCGGGCAAAUAGUAGGCGCUCAGUAACCGGCUUUGGCAUUAGGGUCAGGGCCGAAGGUAGAACCUGUAACACCCUGUCAGUGGGAGAGGCUGGGAUUGAUCGCUCCCCUCCACACGGGGACUUGGGGGAGCCCUGGUUGGUGCUGCUGGCCAGAGCUUGGGGCGGGGGCGCUCGGGAAACCUUGUUAAGCUGUGUCUGAUCUGUAGUUUCCUGUGGCUGGAGCCUGACUCAGUCACCUGGUUCCUGGGUCGGUGCUGGGGCAGUGCCUGUUUCUGUUAGGCAGGAAAACGGGGGCUGGGAAGACAGGAAAUAGUGGGAAGGAUCUGUAGGCCCAGGGGGAGAGGGGCAUUGACCCAACGUGGCCGGGGAGGGACCGCAGCUAGUGCCUGGGAGGGAGAGUAGGUUUGGGAGUUAGGGCAACUGGGUUCAGAUCUUGACUUUUAUGAGCUGUGGACCUAGGCCCGGUCACUUCAUCUCUGGUCCUCCGUUUCCUCAUCUGUAUAAUGAAGAUGGCACCGCUUCCCUUGGACGGUGGUGGCAGGGCGGGUGAGUGGGUGGGUAAUACUGUGCCUGUCGCAGAGAUGCUUACCGAACGGCCAUUCUGUCCCCCCCCCCCCAACCGCCACCGUCUGCCGUCUGGUGGUGUCCCCAGAUCUGCCGGCAGGCUCUGAAGUUCCUGACGCAGAUCCGGGCCCAGCUCCUCAUCAACCUGCAGCUGGUGAAUGCCUCGCUGUACGAGCAUGUGGAGCAGAUGCGCCUCAUCCGGAGGAGACGGGAGCAGCUGAAGCUUCUGGGGGAUUACCUGGGCCUGUGCGGAAGUGGGGCCCUGAAGGAGCUGAGCAAGAGGCAGGUCCACGAGAUCCAGUCUCACAUGGGACGCCUGGAGACCGCGGACAAGCAGUCUCUGCACUUAGUAGAAAACGAAAUCCAAGCAAGCAUUGACCAGAUAUUCAGCCAUCUAGAACGUCUGGAGAUUCUGUCCAGCAAGGAGCCCCCGAACAAAAGAGAGAAUGCCAAACUUCGUGUUGACCAGUUAAAGUAUGAUGUCCAGCACCUGCAGACUGCCCUCAGAAACUUCCAGCAUCGGCGAUACGCAAGGGAGCAGCAGGAGAGACAGCGAGAGGAACUUCUGUCUCGAACCUUCACCACUAACGGGACUCAGAAGAAGAUCCUUGACAUUGCCAACAUGCUGGGCUUGUCCAACACCGUGAUGCGGCUCACUGAGAAGCGGGCUUUCCAGGACAAGUACUUCAUGAUCGGUGGCAUGCUUCUCACCUGUGUGGUCAUGUUCCUCGUGGUGCAGUACCUGACAUGAGCCAGCCCCGCCCCGCGGCUGAGCGUCGUUCCCACCGUGCGAGAGUCUGUGUGAGUGUGUGUGCGUGAAAGAGAGAGGGGGGCCCAGAGGCUGCCUUCUUAAAUGUGUGCCCUUCUUAACUGUGAAGACCACUGGGAGUCAUCGUGAUCUGUAACGUAGCGGGAGUUUCAGACCUGCUCUGUUUCCUGUAACACCUUGGAGGGGAAGCGAAUGCUACCAAGAUGCAUGGUCCUAAGCAAAUGAGAGUAUCUCCUCUCGCUCUCACUCUGUCUCGCC